AUGGCAUCGGAGUCUCGUGCACUCUACGAGCAAAUAUGGCUCACGCCUGGGCCGACUAUGAAAUUGGCGCAAUCGGCCCUAAUGAAGCCUGCACCACUUUCGUGGACCCUCGAGGACCGGACGCGACUCACAUAUCAAAGAGCAAGAGCCCUUGCACAUGCAUACAACUUGACCUUAGAUGAUGUGGUGAACACGACUCCAAGAUUCUGGAAGCUCCACAUCGACCUGCUCACUGCUAUGGAUGGUGGUGCAAUCAACCUGGUUAGCGUCCAGUAUAAUCUUUUCGUCGGCACAGUUGCUCCUUUCGCUGCCACGCAGCCCGAAUUGGCGUGGGUCAUACACCAGGCGAUGAAGUUUGAUAUCUCGGCACAAUUCAUGCUUACCGAACUCGGGCAUGGCUUAGAUGCACGCAAUCUCGAAACGACUGCAACUCUACUGCCCAAUGGCAGUUUUGAACUACACACCCCGUCUCCGGCUGCUGCUAAAUGUAUGCCACCGAACUCCCUCCGCAGUGGCUUGCCUGUUUUUGCAGUUGUAAUAGCCCGACUUAUCGUUGAAGGAAAGGAUCGAGGAGUCCGACCGUUUGUUGUCCAAAUGUCGGAUGGGAUCAAGAUGUGUACGGGUAUCACCUCAAAGGUCUUCCCACCUCGUCCGGGUGCGAAUCCGAUUGAUCAUGCCUUGACUUACUUCAACCGCGUGCAACUACCGUUCUCCGCUCUCCUUGGUGGUAAGCAAGGCGCUCUGCAGACGUCACGCAGCGAACGUGACAACUUUUUGGCGACCAUCCAUCGCAUGCCCCCCGGGACACUUUUCCUGGCUGGUGGCUGUAUCCCGUUGAUCAAGAUGGCUGUGUACAACGCCAGCAAAUUCAGUUUCAGGCGACAUAUCCUUGGUCACGAUGGGCAGCCGAUGCCUGUGAUCAACUUCCGUACCCAGCAUCUUCCUAUUCUUCACGCCAUUGCCAGAGCGCAUGUCCUCCAAGCGUUCUUUAUCUACGCUGGAAUGGAAUAUUGCGACCCGAAGAAUACUGAUCCACGAGUCCGUCAUGCCUUUGCUACAACUUUUAAGGCACUUACAAUCCAUCACUUCCAGACUAGUCUCAAACUCAUCAAUGAGGGCUGCGGCUGGCAAGGAUACUAUGAUUUCAACCAAAUCAUCCAGGCUGAUCUGGAGUUCCGCGCAGUGGCAACCGCUGAAGGCGACGUCAGAGUCCUAGCCAUCCGUCUUGCAAGCGAACUUCUGAUUGGCCGCUAUCAGGUCCCGCCGCCUAAGGACUCCAACGGUGUCCUAGCCAGGCACGAAGCGGGCUUAAUUGCAGAGGCGAGGGAACUGAUCAAGUCUUUCGGCGGCAAGCAUCGGAGCGAGGCGUUCAACCGAGCUAUUCUUCCUCUAGCUCUUCCGUUGGUCCAAGCGAUUGGAGCUCGCAUGGCCAUCGAAGCCGCCAUUGAGGUUGGCAUCGAUCCUAAACUGCGGGAUCUGUAUGAAGCUGGAAUCAUCAAGGAGGAUUCCGCCUGGUAUGCGGAGAAGGGCGGACUCACCCGCCAAAAGCAGCGCGAGAUGGAAGCACAGGCGGCUGAUGCAGUACUUCCCGAGCUGGAACGAUUGGUGGAGGAAACCGGCGUCGAACCGUAUUGCACGGCACCGAUGACGUCCGACAGGCUGUGGAACAAUCUUGUGGAGGAAUUAGAGGUCUUCUCGGGCGAGAGCGAGACGGUGCCGGCUGCUCAGGAGAUCAGAGCGCGUCUUUAG